GUUCUUUAGAGAGUUAGAACUUAGAAGCAAAAAAAUGGUUACCAUUACAGCUUCUUACACUGUGAUUCCAGAAGAAUCAACGCCACAAGGUCGUUAUUGGCUCUCCGAUAAAGACCAAGUAGUAUGUCUUCGCCAUGUACCCACUAUUUAUAUUUACAAACCAAAACAAAACCAUGAAAAUGCCAUACACACUUUGAAAAACUCUCUCAGUAACAUUCUAGUUCACUACUAUCCUAUAGCUGGAAGAUUGUGUUACGCCGAUGAAGUUAGUCGACGAAUAGAACUGAAUCUCAACGCAAAAGGAGCUAUUUUGCUUGAAGCUGAAACUACCAAAGAAAUGAAUGAUUAUGGUGACUUUUCACCUUCUGAUUCAACCAAAGAGCUUGUUCCGAUAAUCGAUUACACUCAACCUAUUGAAGAAAUUCCAUUGUUUCUUGCUCAACUCACAAGGUUUCGAAACAAUGAAGGUUUUGCAAUUGGUGUUGCUUUUUCCCACCCUUUAUCAGAUGGACUUGGAGCCAUUGGAUUCAUCAACUCAUGGGCCAAAGUAGCAAGAGGAGAAACUUUAGAGUCUAAUGAGUUACCAUUUUUAGAUAGAACAAUACUCAGAUUCUCACAUAAACCGUUGAAAGUACCGCGUUUUCAACACAUGGAGUUGCAGCCUCUUCCACUCAUUCUAGGAAGAACAGACACAAGUGAAGAGAGAAAGAAAAAAACAACAGCAAAAUCGUUGAAACUCUCUUUAGAACAAGUUGAGAAGUUGAAGAAAAAAGCCAAUGAAUUUCAAAAAGGGACAAGCUCAAGGGCUUUUAGUAGAUAUGAAGCAAUUGGUGCACAUAUAUGGAGAUGUGCAUCAAAGGCACGAGAGCUUGAAGAGAAUCAAGAAAGUGUUGUUAGAUUCAAUGGUGAUAUUAGAAAGAGAAUGAUUCCACCUCUUCCUGAAAAUAUUUUCAUGAAUGCUUUGGCACUAACAGCAACAAAAGGGUAUGUUGGAGAGAUCACAUCAAAGCCACUGGGUUAUGUUUCACAAAAGUUAAGGGAAGCAAGUGAGUUGUUAACAGAUGAGUAUAUAAGGUCACAGAUUGAUGUUGUUAGGAGUUUUGAAAAUAUGGAUGAUGCAAGAGAUUUGUUUUUAGGUGAUGAAACUGAAAAUGCACCAUAUUUUGGGAAUCCAAAUUUUCAACUAACUAGUUGGAUGGGAAUGCCAUGUUAUGAAGCUGAUUUUGGAUGGGGGAAACCUAUUUACUUUGGACUGGCUUGUGUGUCUCCACAUGAUAGAGCACUCAUUCUUCUUAAUCCUGAUGGAGAUGGAUCUGUUAUUGUGUGUUUGCAUUUUCAGAUGGCUCAUUUGGAGCUUUUCAACAAGUUCUUCUAUGGAGAUAUAUGAAGUUUACUAUGUUGUUUGCAUGCAUCAUUGUCUUGUUUUCCAAUCCCAUAUUGAAACUAGAGAUUGAAGUGAAGUUGUUAUUUUACUUUCAAUAAUGUUUCACUAGUUAUUUAGCUGGUGAUUCUCUGAUUUGCCCGAGCUUUCCAUUGUAAGAUUUGUUAUAUAUACUGAGAUUUUUACGUCUCCUUACUUAUUUUAAUAUUAUGCAGAAGAAUACAUAUUACCACCAUUAGUAGAAUUUUUUACAUUAAUAUUAUCCCUUGUAAAAAUAUUCAGUUGAGAACUAGAAAUAGAAGAU